CCUCUCUCUCGCUCUCCCCUCUCUCUCUCUCUCUCUCUGAGAUAAUCCAUGGGAAUCUGCUGUCAAGCCCAAGCCCAACUGCCGAUGCCAUGGAUGAAGAAGAAGAAGAAGAAGAAUGAGGCCUUAAGAUCAAGCGAACACCCUGUUGUGCAGUCCAUCAGAGCGAUUCCUAUUCGUGUUCUUACGGUUGGCAAGAAGAGAUCUAAAGGGAUCCAACUCGUUGUCGAUGAAUACAAGGAGAAGAUAAACUAUUACUGCAGCAUGGAGGAUGUUCUUAUAAGAUCCAAUCCAAAAAAUACCAGCAAUGUGAAGGCUCAGAUUGAAGCAGAAGAUAUUAGUGUCAUAAAGCAACUCAGGCCUGAUGAUUGGGUGCUAGUCUUGGAUGAGCAUGGAGCAGAUAUCACGUCUGAGCAACUGGCUAGUUUGAUAGAAGAUGCGGCAAUAACAGGUUCAUCUAGACUUUCAUUUUGCAUUGGUGGUCCAUACGGUCAUGGGUCACAAGUACGUUCACGUGCAAAUCUGACGAUUAGAUUGUCCUCGAUGGUUUUGAAUCACCAAAUUGCAUUAAUAGUCUUGUUGGAGCAAAUAUAUAGAGCAUGGACUAUACUCAAAGGGCAGAAAUAUCAUCACUAGCACAACCAUCAGUUGCAGAAGAUGCUGAAGGAUCCUUGCAGUGUUAAGCCCUGCUUUUUCAGGUGAUGUAUUUUUGUAGAUGAUGAAUUUGAAGGACUUUUGGAAUCUGAAGCUCAACCUGUUUAAUCUGUUAUUGAUUUUUGAUUUACUAGUUGGCUUUGAUUAAAGCAUGUAUGCCCUUAAGUUUAUUUACAACUAAAUCGUAAAUUUUCAUGUAUCUAGCAUAAGAUGUUCACCAUCUACUAAAAGGAUUGAACAAGUGAUAUAUAAAAUGUAUAAUAUUAUGUCAGC